AUGUCGUCGUCGGCGGGGAGCGCGAGUCCGGCUACUACGCUGCCUAGCAUUCACGAGAUGUUUCCCGGUGUACCACCUCCUCCCCCUCCCCCUCCCCCUCCCAAAACCCGACCCACACCAUCCCCACUCACACCACCACCACCACCCCGCACACGCAGACGCAAGCCCGCGCAGCAGCGCAGCAUACACCCACCUUCCGGUACCGAGCGCGAGCGCGAAUCAUCGGGACCGCGCACACGCGCACCCGUCGAGUUCAAGUGCAAGCGGGAGUCCGGGCUCGAGCAAGCGCCGUCCCUCAAGCUCAACCUCGUGUCCCCCACACGCGCAGGGUGA